AAGAGAGUGAAAAUUAGAAGCCCUAAACAAGAAAAUGGCUGCAGUGUUCAGUAGCUUGAUGCUUACUCACCCAACACAAAUGGAGUCAAAUAGGCAGUAAACAGUUUGAGUGAAUCGUCAACCCCAAAUCUCUCCCUGCAAUUGCACAAUUGCACUCCAUGAACCCAAGGAUCCGAACGUAAACCCUAGCCCUAGCCCUAUUUCUUUCUGUACGAAAGAAAUUUUUCCUCAAAUGUGUUCGUCUAUGUCACCUUGUUUUCUGUAUCCUCCCUCGACCAGUCGAUUUCUGUAUCCCCCAAACUUGAAAUUUUCUUCAAUCCCAUUUCUGAUCAGGACUAGAAGCACUAGGUUUUCCGUUUCUGCUUCAACUGUGGAGAAGAAUGCUCGGCUUUCUUGGGGGGAGUCUUCAGAAUUGAACGCUUCCGAUGCUUACAAUGGCUGGGCAGUUGUUGAGAAGCCAGAGUUCAAAGAGAAGGAAAAAGGUUUGCCUACAUUUGUGAAAAUCGGCAUAGGGGCUUCUGUUGCUGCUUUGCUCGGUGCUGUUGCUGCAUAUUUUUCAGUAUCUGCUAAAGGUUUCAAAUUUCAAUUUUCAAGUCCAUUCAAUAGUUCACAAGGCAUUUUAGCCCCACAUACAAGGGAGGAAGAAGCUAUUGAACAAGAAGCCGUUAGUUCUGAUGAGUUAUUGGAGGAUGGUGAGGCUUUUGAGGUCAGCCCGGAGAGUGUUCCCGACACUUUUGAUAAAAAUGUGGUUGCAGAUCCAAACAAUAUUACAACCCAAGGCGAGCUACACCGCAUCAUAAUUCCAUUUGCUGUGGAUUCUACUCAACAGGAUGCUCUUCUUGUGUUAAAAAAACUAAAGAUUAUUGAAGAUGAGGUCAAAGCAGAAGAAUUGUGUACAAGGAGAGAGUAUGCAAGAUGGUUAGUUCAAGCAAGUGCGCUACUGGAAAGGAACCGGAAGCAUAGGAUAGCUUCAUCUCUUGCGCUUGCAGGCUCUACUUCAGCAGCCUUCGAUGAUGUGUGCAUUGAAGACCCUGAUUUUAUGCCCAUUCAAUCUCUUGCCGAAGCUGGGAUAAUUCCUAGCAAGCUGUCACUGGAGAAACUCCCCUCUAAUCCUUAUGAUUCAGGAGACCAUAAAGGAGUCAAAUUCUUUCCUGAUAGAUCUAUAUCUCGCCAAGAUCUGAUCAGUUGGAAAGCCAAAUUAGAAUAUGAUAUUGUACCAGGAAUUAAUGAAGAGAUAUCAAGGAGGAAAAUUGGUUUUCUGGAUGUAAGAGACAUAACAUCAGAAGUGUUAGUUGACCUUUUUGUGGACAUUCUGGCUAAUGAAAGGAGCAUUGUUUGGAAAGUUUUUGGACAGAGCAAGAGGUUCCAGCCAAAUAAACCGUGCACAAAGGGUCAAGUAGCAGUAGCGUUGUCCAGUGGAAAAAUGGCAGAAUAUACUCAAUCCGAAUUAGCAAAGUUGGAAACUGAAAAUUCUUCAAGACUAGCAACAAUGGAAGAAAUUAAAUCCGAUCUUUUAGAGAGAGGUGAUGUGCAGCGUUUUUGGCAACGUAAGAUAGAUGAAGAAAAAAACCGUGGUCUAGAGGUGAAUAAGGCUUACCUUGAUGCAAUUAAGGAUUUGGAUCAGGAAAAGGUUGUUCUGGAGAAUGCUCAAGCUGAACUGCUAAAACAGAAGGCGGCUCUAGACUGUCAGAAGCAGCUACUUUCUAGCCUUAAAGAAGAAGUCGAUGAGAUGUCAAAUACUCUUGCAUCUGAGCAGGCCGUAUAUAUGGAAGAGCAGAGUGAAUUGCAGGGCGUGCUUUCUGAUUUGCAAGUUAAGUAUGAAGGCCUACUCGAUACAAAAUCUGUAUUGGAAGCCGAGAUAGAAGCUUUACGAAUCCUAAGAUCUUGGGUUGAGGAUGAAGGAAAAAAGAGUCAAGCGCGUGCCAAAGUUCUCGAGGAGGCAGGACGAAGGUGGAAAUGGGAGAAGGAAUGAAGGUCUAAUUAGUGAAAAUAAAAUUCCAUUUACCCGCGCAAUGGACUUAUGAAGAAAGACUUGGUUGAGGACUUGCUACCAGCUACAUCUUGCUCUAUUUUCUUUGGUUUGUUCUUGAAAUCAAUUUGUUCAAGUUUACUGGAAAUGUAAGUCCAUUAGUGGAUUGAAGUCUUCUGGGGAUCAAUGAAAUUUUAACAUUCUUAGCUCCCCUGGGGAAAUGUAAGUCCAUUGAUAUGAUUUUGUUAUGUAAUAAUUUAUGAAUGUUGAAUGUUGAACAUAAAAACAUGUCAGCAUUUUAUUACUAAGAGGGAUGGUUGAUGUGAUAUUGUUUUUC